AUGGCUUUAACACUUCGUUCUUCAACUUCAUUUAUCAAUCUAAAAGAUAAUAGAAGUUUUAAAACGCCUGAUGAUUUCUCUAGCAUAGUUGGCUUCGCCCAAAUCAAACCAUCAUGCCAGCUGCGUUCAAAGAAUUCCACACAAGAAGCUCAAACUGCAUGGCCAGAAAGAGCCUCCUUACUUGCAGAAGGGAGGAAAAACGAGCGGAGAGAGAAACUUCAUGGAUUGGCAGGCCCUCAGAGCCAUAAUAAUUUGAGGGUACCUGUGUUUGUGAUGCUACCACUUGACACAAUAUCUAUAGGGGGGAGUUUGAACAAACCACGAGCCAUGUUGGCUAGCUUGGUGGCCUUAAAGAGUGCUGGAGUUGAAGGAGUUAUGGUUGACGCAUGGUGGGGACUAGUAGAGAAAGAUGGACCUUUGAAAUACAACUGGGAAGGCUAUGCUGAGCUCAUAAAGAUGGUUGAAAAGCUCGGCUUGAAGCUUCAAGUUGUCAUGUCUUUUCAUCAAUGUGGAGGAAAUGUUGGAGACUCUUGCAGUAUUCCCCUACCACCAUGGGUGCUUGAAGAGAUUAGCAAAAAUCCUGACCUUGUCUAUACAGAUAGGUCAGGUCGGCGCAACCCUGAGUACAUAUCAUUGGGUUGCGACUCACUACCUGUUCUUAGAGGUAGAACGCCAAUCCAGGUUUAUUCUGACUAUAUGAGGAGUUUUAGAGAGAGAUUCAAAGACUACCUGGGGGAUGUUGUAGUGGAGAUCCAAGUGGGGAUGGGACCUUGCGGAGAACUAAGAUAUCCAUCCUAUCCAGAAAGCAACGGCACCUGGAGAUUUCCUGGAAUAGGGGAAUUCCAGUGCUACGACAAGUAUAUGAGAGCUUCACUGGAAGCAGCAGCAAAGGCAAUUGGAAAGGAUGACUGGGGACGAGGAGGUCCCCACGAUGCCGGUCAAUACAACCAGUUCCCAGAAAACACUGGAUUUUUUGGGAGGGAUGGUACAUGGAAUGGUGAAUAUGGACAGUUCUUUUUAAAAUGGUAUUCUGAAAAGCUAAUUGAUCAUGGAGAAAAAAUUCUCACAACAGCAGAAAGAAUAUUUCAAGGAACUGGAGCCAAACUAUCUGGAAAAGUGGCAGGAAUUCAUUGGCAUUACAAAACAAGAUCCCAUGCAGCAGAACUAACAGCAGGGUACUAUAAUACUAGGCAUCGAGAUGGUUACCUAGCAAUAGCAAGAAUGUUCAGUAAACAUGGUGUUGUAUUCAAUUUUACAUGUAUGGAGAUGAGGGAUGGAGAACAACCAGGUGAAGCUAACUGCUCACCAGAAGGUCUAGUUCGGCAAGUUAAGUUGGCAACUAAAACUGCUGGAGCAGAACUUGCUGGAGAAAAUGCACUAGAGAGGUAUGAUGGAGGAGCAUUCUCGCAAGUUUUGGCAACAGGUAGGUCGGGAUCAGGAAAUGGACUGAAUGCAUUUACUUAUUUAAGAAUGAAUAAGAGGUUGUUUGAAGCAGAUAACUGGAGAAAUUUUGUUGAAUUUGUAAGAAGUAUGUCUGAAGGUGGUCAAAACACAAGACUUCCAGACAGCGACAGGAUUGGGACAGACCUGUAUGUCGGAUUUAUCAAACAAAAUAAUGUGAGGAAGACAUGUGAAGCUGCCCUUGUCUAAUUGUACAUGUAAACCAGUGCAAAGUUAAGUGGUCGAAUGUAGUCAGUCAGAAAAAUAUGAAGGAGAGCUUUAUCGGAAAAAAAAAAUGAAGGAGAGGAAGAAGUUAAAGACACUCAGAAGUAUAUAUUGCAACAGAUUUACUGAGUCACCUUGCUCUAGCCAAAGGCUGACAACGUAACUUUCCUGACAGGAGACUGGAUACAGAUAAUUCAUAAAUCUGCUAAAGGAGUUAGAGCUUGAGGGAACUACCUGAGGUAUCCAAAAAAGUCAGUUAAAUAGAUAUUAAUUCAUAUCUUGUUCGAAGGAAUUAGUGGAGUUCCUGUACAAAACUUUUAUAUUAUUUUUUCUCCUAUUUGUUAAAAUAUAAUGAACGCUGUAAACUUGACGUCUACAGACUGUCAAAAAUGAAA